GUCUCUGCGUUCAGAUCGGACGAAGAAGGAAACAGUGCGUUGGCGGAGCCGGUUUGGUGUUGCUCGCUGGGUCCUUCGACUUGUGCAUGGCAGCGAUUUCAGCGCGGAUUUUACUCUACACUGCUGACAUACUUCUGUUUAGUGUGCACAAACAAGCAAACUAUUCGUAAACGCCGAUUAUUGGCAUCAUGGAUGAACUGUCUCAGCUGAAGAUUGGCUUCAUUGGUGCGGGGAAUAUGGCUUUCGGAAUAGCACGGGGCAUCCUUAAAUCAGGUGAUGUUCCCUCAUCCAAUGUGAUCAUAAGCGCUCCAUCCAGAAACAAUUUCCCCCGGUUUGAGGAUAUGGGAGUUGCAGUCACACACUCAAAUAAGGAAGUGGUUGAUCACUCACGUUUGGUUUUCCUGGCAGUCAAACCACACCUCAUCCGCACAGUCCUAAAUGGCAUUUCAGAACAUGUCACCAGACAACACAUCAUCAUCUCAGUGGCAGCUGGCAUCACCCUGGCAACACUGGAGGAGUUGUUGCCGGUUGGCUCCUGUGUGAUGCGUUUGAUGCCCAACCUUCCCUGCAUGCUCCAGGAAGGAGCCCUUCUGCUGGCUUGUGGAAAAGGGGCUGGGCAGGAUGUGGAGUCUCUACUGAAGAGGCUCCUCUCUCCUUGUGGAUUGGUGGAAGUGGGGCCUGAGACCUGGAUCGAUGUCCACACAGGCCUGAGUGGCAGUGGCGUGGCUUUUGUGUACUUGUUUGCUGAGGCUUUGGCAGAAGGAGCUGUUAAAAUGGGAAUGCCCAGUGAACUGGCUCAGCGUAUUGCUGCCCAGACUAUAAUAGGGGCAGGUCAGUUGUUACGAGAUGGAGGGAAGCACCCAGCUCAGCUGAGGGCAGAGGUGUGUACUCCAGGAGGAACUACAAUAUAUGGACUUCACGCCCUGGAAAAGGGAGGACUCAGGGCAGCCACAAUGGGGGCUGUAGAGGCAGCCACGGAAAGAGCAAGAGAAUUGGGAUGUAAGUAGAGGAGGAGUGAAAAAGACCGCAAGAAGAAAUGACUGGGGAGAGCUUUCGAGACGAGAAAAAGAAGGGAAGAAUGGAAGAAGACAAAUUAGUCACAAGGAAAGGAAUCGUGUGAGGGACGUGUCAAAGAGUUCAUUGAACAUGCUUGGUUUUCAUGCGUUUAUCUUAUGCUGUUGUCAUAUUAAAUGAAAUCCACCAUUUGUAUGCUGGGGUCUUGUUUCAGCAAGCAUCCACAAACAUCUGGUUUCCUUCUGUUUGAAAAAUGUGAGUAAGCAUUCCUAUGUUAAAAUGCCUCAAGGGUGAAAAAGAAAGCAGAUCAGAUAGCACAGGCCAGUAAAGGGGAACCUUCACAGCAGUGCUGAUGAUUCUGAAAGCUUUAAUAUGUUACAGAGCAGCAGGAAAUUCCUUCGGUGUAGUCUGGGAUGGAAUUGUCAUUAAUAAUGUACACAGGAUGGUUGAAUGUAAUUAAAUGUUGAGGCUGAAUCA